AUGGCUUCACCACAAGCUCAAACGCACACCGCAUCUCCUACCUCUCCCAUCUCCCCGACCUCCCCUCUAGGCCUCACACACAAUGACCCCUUCGCAGCACAACGCAAAGAUCCCAUAAACAGCAAUCCAUUUACCUCGAAAACUCAAGGUCCAAUAAACAUACCCACUCCCACCACUCCAAACGCAACACUAAACACGCAUUCGGGAUCACCAAAUCAAGAUCGCAGAUUAAGUUCCGAUGAAUGGGGUUCGUUGAUAUUCCCUCUGCAUCGUCGUUUCUCGCAUCCUAAUUCCUCGCCUCUGUUAUUACCAUCAUUUCCCUCUUCAUCACCUUCUCCUUUUACCUUACCCCAUUCAUCACAUCCCCCCACAUCUAAAUGUCCCUUAUCUUCCAUAUCUUCCCUAUCCUCUCCUCUCCUUCCUACUUCCUUUCCCGUCAACAUCGCCAAUAACACUAACACAACUUACCCUUCUUUUCUAUUCAGACGCAUCCAAAACACCUCCAUCCCGCUUUCAAAAACGUAA